GACUCACAGAAGCCGUGUUCAUGCAAGAGCCAGCAAUGAGCAGUAUUUUUCAGAGAUUUUAAGAGCACACCUCCUGCUAUGUAUUUCGCGUUCUAGCUUGCUGGAGCUGAAGCUGUAUGAAAGAAAGUUUUACGUUUUGAAGAUAUUGCAAAAGAUAGUUCCUCCUCUCACCCUGGAAAAUCCUGACAGACCAGUUGGAUACCUUUCAGGCCUUAACCAAGAACUUUAUCUUCUCAUCCCACUGUCUUUUUUACAGUAGAAAGACCUAGGACACCCUUAAGAACUGAGAAUCUGACUAAUUUAAACAGAUGGCUAAUCCCAGUGCUGUGUGCAAUGGACAUCUACAUCAUCAUCAUCAUCAUCAUCAUCAGAAACAGAAUAACCUCACAAAAAGUGGACUAUCUAAGAAAAAUGGAAUCACUAAAGGAAUGAAGAAGAAUGGAGUAUCAAAUGGAACUCUCUACAAAAAAACAUUUAUUGAGCACUUUGAACAGGCACCAAUGUAUGUUGCAGUUUUUACUUUCGUGGGGUUUGCAGUGGGAACAAUAUUUGGCUACCUGCGAGAUUUUAUGAGAGCCUGGGGACUAGAAAAACGUAACAUUGCUGCGGAGAGAGAACAACAAAAAGAUUUUGUGCCACUUUAUCAAGAUUUUGAGAACUUUUACACCAGAAACCUCUAUUUGAGAAUACGGGAUAACUGGAAUCGUCCAAUUUGCAGUGUCCCUGGGCCACAGUUUGACCUCAUGGAGCGCGUUACAGAUGAUUACAACUGGACAUUUAGGUUUACAGGAAGGAUUAUCAAGAAUGUAAUCAAUAUGGGUUCUUAUAACUACCUCGGCUUUGCAGAAACAGAUGUUAAUGCUUUGAAAACUGUGACCAUAGAGUUAGAAAAAUACGGGACAGGAGUCUGCAGUACCAGGCAAGAAAUGGGCACCCUAGACAAACAUGUAGAACUAGAGAAACUUGUGGCCAAGUUCCUUGGUGUGGAAGAUGCUAUGGUGUUUGGCAUGGGCUUUGCAACUAACUCAAUGAAUAUUCCAGCCCUUGUUGGAAAGGGCUGCCUCAUUUUAAGUGAUGAGUUGAACCACACUUCUCUCGUUCUCGGUGCGAGGCUUUCAGGUGCCACUAUUAGAAUCUUCAAGCAUAAUAAUAUGCAGAGCCUCGAGAAAUUGCUGAGAGAUGCAAUAAUAUAUGGACAGCCUCGCACCCACAGAGCAUGGAGAAAAAUUAUCAUCCUCGUGGAGGGCAUUUACAGCAUGGAAGGGUCCAUCGUGCGCCUGCCAGAGAUAGUCUCCUUGAAGAACAAAUACAAAGCCUACCUCUACUUGGACGAAGCUCACAGCAUCGGUGCAGUGGGAGCAACGGGCCGAGGAGUUGUGGAAUACUUCGGAAUGAGCCCCGAUGAUGUUGACGUAUUAAUGGGAACGUUCACAAAGAGCUUCGGCGCAGCUGGAGGAUACAUAGCUGGCAAAAAGGACCUUGUGGACUUUUUACGAACUCAUUCUCACAGUGCUGUGUACGCCACAUCUAUGUGUCCCCCUGUAGCAGAGCAAAUCAUCAGGGCAAUGAAAUGUCUCAUGGGACUGGACGGGACAACGCAAGGGCUCCAAAGGGUGCGUCAGCUGGAGAAAAACACAAGGUACUUCAGACGAAAACUGCACGAAAUGGGCUUCAUCAUUUAUGGCAAUGAUGAUUCUCCCGUUGUUCCCUUGCUCCUUUAUAUGCCUGGUAAGAUAGGGGCUUUUGCAAGACGCAUGUUAGAAAAAAAUAUCGGGGUGGUCGUGGUUGGGUUUCCAGCUACUCCUAUCACAGAAUCCAGGGCUCGGUUUUGUGUGUCAGCUGCACAUACACGGGAGAUGUUAGACACGGUUUUGAAUGCUCUGGAUGAAUUGGGUGAUUUUCUACAUCUGAAAUAUUCCCGGUAUUCCAAGUCAUCUCAUCCUGAACUGUAUGAAGAAUCUAGGCUUGAACUUGAAGACUGAGUUUUCCACCCAUGAAGAGAACAUUAUGAUGCUAUGAAAGGGUGGAAAAACCGAAAACUAAACAAUACAAAUGCAUUUCUUCCCUUCUAAGGACAAUUUUUAUUUCGCAGUUAAUUGAAAUGAGGGGAAGCUCGGGUGUUGCAUCACUUUGUAUCAAAUUUCUGUAUUCAAGAGACUGAAAUAUUGAUACAGAUUUGCCUCCCCAGGAGAUCUGUCCUUAUUAAGGUGUUUUUGAUGCAGAAAGAAUGGAUGCAUUGAUCCAGUUGCUAACGUACUGCUUUUGAUAUGGCCCUUUUUUAUGAAGAGUCUUCAGAUAGUCUUAAUUGUGACUGAAAUAAUAAAGUUUAAAAA